GGGGCAAGUGCAGACUGCUUGUGAUCUUGAAGAAAUCGGUGGUCCUGGGGAGGGGGGCGGACGUCUGGGGUCCUGAGGGGAAUGAGCAGUGGAGGAGUCUGGCGCUUGGGACCGUAAAGUAAGUCGGGUGCGGAGGCCGAACGCCUGAAUUCCCAGGACUGGAAAGUUUCACUUCAGACCUCUCCCAGUCCCGUGGGACUGAGUCUGAUUUAUGCUGGGUCCACUAAGGGCUACAUGACCAGCCCUCGGGGUAGAAGAUUAACUCUAUAGUCUCCAAUCCCUCCUUUCCUUCCUCUAGUCCUCGCUUCCCUUAAGGAUCCAGCAGGUGAAGUGAAAGAAAAAACAAAUUAAGACAGCAAAACAGCAAGGGUGUGUAGCGGGAAUGGGGACCCCGGGGGAGGGGCUGGGCCGCUGUUCCCAUGCUCUGAUCCGGGGGGUCCCAGAAAGUCUGGGCAAAGAGCGGGAAGGAGUGGCAGUUGGUAUCCCACCUUUGGACUUGGCGAAGGCACAGCGAGAGCACGGGGUGCUGGGAGGGAAAUUGAGGCAGCGCCUGGGACUUCAGCUGUUGGAAUUGCCCCCUGAGGAGCAACUGCCACUUGGACCCCUGCUAGGAGACACAGCUGUGGUGCACGGGGAUACAGCCCUCAUCACUCGACCUUGGAGUCCUGCCAGGAGGCCCGAAGUCGAUGGGGUCAGAAGAGCCCUACAGGAUCUGGGGCUUCGGAUUGUGGAGAUCAAAGAUGAGAAUGCCACACUGGAUGGAACAGAUGUGCUGUUCACAGGCCGUGAGUUUUUCGUGGGCCUCUCUAAGUGGACCAACCACCGAGGAGCUGAAAUUGUUGCCGACACAUUCAGGGAUUUUGCAGUCUCCACCGUGCCUGUCUCAGGCCCCUCCCAUUUGCGGGGGCUUUGCGGGAUGGGGGGCCCCCGCACUGUUGUCGCUGGCAGCAGCGAAGCGGCCCAGAAAGCUGUGAGGGCUAUGGCAGCGCUGACCGAUCACCCCUACGCCUCCCUGACUCUCCCAGAUGAUGCCGCAGCAGACUGCUUGUUUCUGCGGCCCGGGCUCCCUGGGGCUUCCCCUUUCUUGCUGCACCGCGGGGGUGGAGACUUGCCCAAUAGCCAGGAGGUGCUGCAGAAACUGCCCGACGUGACUCUCGUACCUGUGUCCUGCUCUGAGCUAGAGAAGGCAGGGGCUGGGCUCAGCUCCCUUUGCCUCGUCCUCAGCACCCGCCCCCACAGCUAAGAGAUCCCCAAAUGUGGGAGCAGGAAAGUAGGAAGAAUAGAAAGGGGAGGAUUAGCCUACCCAUAGGAUGAUGAGUAGAAGAAGCUAGGUGUGGGGUAGGAACCACGGUUUGGGGUGGGACAGCGUGGGAAAGGGGAACAGAUCAUCUCCCCAGGGAAUAAAAUGAAACUAACCUUUUA